AGUCAGUAGCGUGGAGCUGUCCCUGCCCUGUGACGAUGCAAAGGAAAGUCUUUUCCACACAAUGGCAAUGGAAACUUCACUAUAAGCAAUUUCAUCUUCUGAAACAGGGAAAAGUGUGAAUGGAAGAAGCCGAACUGCUGAAGGAACGAUUGCAGGCCAUCACAGACAAGAGGAGGCUGCAAGAGGAAAUCACACAGAAACGCCACACAGUAGAAGAAGAAAAACUAAAACAUCAGCACUUGAAGAAAAAAGCUCUGCGUGAGAAAUGGCUCUUGGAUGGAUUAGACACGUUUACUCCAAAAGAACGAGAAGAAAUGCAAAAUCAGAACCAAGAGGAUCAACAACAAAUGAAUGAGCUGGAGGAAAAUAUCCUCAGACUCGAGAAAGAAAUUGAGGAUCUUGAGAAAAAAGAACUGACCAUUUCAGCUAAAGAGAAGGCCAUCCUGAAGAAGCUUAAAUCAGUUGAAAGGACCACUGAAGAUAUUAUAAAGUCUGUGAAGGUGGAAAGAAUAGAGACUAGACAAGAGCCAGCUGACUACAUAUACGCCAACAUACCUGACCUUCCAAAAUCUUUCAGACCUUCUGCACUUAAAAGGACAAGGCAUCUCGAAACAGAGAAUGAUGAAGAAAACCGGAAAGCCCUGUUUGCUAUGGAAAUUAAAGUUGAAAAAGACAUGAAGACUGGAGAAAGCACAGUUUUGUCAACAAUUCCACUUCCUUCGGAGGAAUUUACAGGCGCAGGAGUGAAAGUGUAUGAUGAUGGCAGAAAAUCUAUCUACGCAGUGUGUGCCAACGGAAGCAUAAAAAACAGCGAGCCCGAUGGUCUUGCACCUGUUGAAGUAGAAGAUCUUUUAAGGCAAGCAACCGAAAAACAGUCCAAGUCUCCCACUGAAUAUCACGAGCCAGUGUACGCAAACGAGUUUUGCAGACCGGCAACUCCCCUGAAGGAUAAGGUGGCCCAUGGGCCAAUUGGAGACAAAGGUGCUAUUCAAACUCAAGUUAAUAGCCACGAUGUUUUUUACAAUGAACCUGCCCAUAAUAAAGGCAAACCUCAACAAAUAGAGGGAAAUGGUCUAGAUAUUUCUCAGAGCCGUCAGCAGAAUUCUCAUUCACCAGUUCUUCAACAGACAGAAAGGUCUCCACAAUUAAGUCCCCAAAAUAAGAUGGCACCUAAUGUACAAAGAGAAGUUAUACAAGAGGUUGUUGAACCACAUCAAAAGAUGAGAGAGAACCAGCAAGAUCUAAUAUCCAGAAACUCCCUAGACACUCAAAAAAGUCCUUCUCCUGUGAUGAUAAAAAGUGAUGAAGACUCCAGUUAUAGUGUGGUCCAUGCUGUGCCAUGUUAUGUGGAUGAUACCGAACCUGUUACAAUGAUUUUUAUGGGAUAUCAGCAUGUGGAUGAUGAAGAACUAAAUAAAGCUGUAUGUGGGUACGAUGGGCUUAUUCAUGCAGAACUUGUUGUCAUUGAUGACGAUGGAGAAGAAGAGGACACCAAAGAAGACACCAAAGCUGAAAUGCCUUUGUAUCACCCAGUGGGUCCUUAUAGCCAAAUCUACCAACCUCCCAACCCAGCAGGUGCAGUAACACAGGCAAACUCUAGCAAAACUGACAGUGACAAUAUAAACAAGUCACCCUACAAAAAUUCCAUAUCACUCAAGGAACAAGAAGAAAGUCUGAGCUGUUCUACCUACAAUGGCCAACUUGACAGCCAGUUAGCAGGUGAUGGAACUGAAGAUCCUUCCUUAACAGCUCUAAGAAUGAGAAUGGCAAAACUGGGGAAAAAGGUAAUUUAAGAGCUGCAGUGGUAUAAAACUAAGUCUCUGGCAGCAUGAGACAAAGCAAAAGAAGAACUUUCUACUUAUUGGACUUGGGUGGCUUUUGCUUAUUCAUAUAUAUGUAUAUGUAUAUAUACAUGGGAAUAAUGGCACUUUAUAUGGAAGUGAAUGGAAAAGCAGUGCAACAUAAGGGUUUACCCUCCAGAUAUUCAUUCUAAGCAAUGAGGAUUUAAUACAUUGAGUACAUUCAAGAAUUGCUGUUAGCAUUUAUUGGAAAUUCUCAUUGUUAUGAUGGGUUACAGGAACUUAGGAUCCAAUGUUAUGAACACGAUUACAUCUAGAAAGAUUUGGUGAAUUAACAUUGUCUAUUCUCUGAACCGGAACAAACACGACAAGAAUGCAUAAAUGUGGUUUCCUAGGAGAUUGUAAAGUGUAACAUUUCCAUAAACUAGUCACAUAUCCAGUUGUACACUGGAGCACAUCAGUGGAACACAUCACAGUAUUUGCCUUUUGCUUUGUUUUGACCAAAGUUUACCCUAUCCUUCUCACCUUAGAGCAAUGGUGGGCAACAUCCACAGAUGGUAUGUAUAUUUUAAUGUACCAGUGGCCACAUUUUUUCCAAUGCUCCUGAGCUAAGUUUCUUAACUCCUUAUGCUUCAUUUCUUCAAACAAGUACCAGUGUUUCAAUGACUUGCUAAAAAACCCAAGCAAGAGCACCACACAGUGGCUCAAUAGUAGAAGUGCCAUUCCCGAGGCUCGGCCCAGCUGCACACCUGGAAGUUGUAUGUGAAAAUAACAACAAGCAUGGCAGCACUGCCUUUUCCCAACACAAGAACAAGGAGUCAAAGAAAUAUUACUUUGACAGAGAGUUUAUCCUGUUGAACUGUACCAACAAUACACCUUAUGGGAGGUGAUGGACUUGCUUAUUAAAGUAGUAAGAACACUUAAGGCACAUAGUUUAUUGCCAUGGAUGAAUGUAUUCAUUUUAUAUACCUUCCAUUUUUAUUUACUUUUGCCAUAUAAUAUUAGAAGUGGAAGAAAUAAUUUCUGUUCCAGAGUAUCUGGUUUGUCAUCAGACUCAUCCAUAGAUUCGGCCUUAACAUUCAGGCUCUCCAGAAUUACUCAAUUAAAAGCACUUCAAGUUGUGUCAGAUCUCCAUGUUAAGCUAAGGCCAUACCUAGCAUAACAGCUAAAAUCUAUGUAGAACCUAGCUUUCAGGUUUCUGUCCUCAAUCCUAACAGAAAGAAAUAUAGGCAGGAAUAGAAGUCCUGCUCCAUUAGCUUCCAGGCACAACUUACAAUACCUAAGCAUGUUCACAUUCAAGGAAGCAAAAUGACUGGCAAAAUCCUUCAGAUGUUGUCGGACUGUAGUUCUCAUCAGCCCUGGCUAAUGGAAGCUGCAGCCCAGCAACAGAUGCAGGGCACAAGAUUGGGCUGUUACCCUUCUUGGUAUGUUAUCAAAAGCUGCUAGAGACACUUCCUAAUCACAGCCAUGACGCCGACAUUUAGAAACAGUGCAGGCUCUAAGAGCUCUCCAUAACAGCUAAUCUGAUGAUGGAUAGGAUUCCCCUCCCUAAAGAACUAUGAACUUCCUAAGAUUUUACAGAUGAUCCAAACAGCUGCAUUUGGCUGCCUUAAGAUACCAAUUCAUGGAUGCUGUUGCUGCUCCUAGAUCCAAGUGGAAUACAGAUCCGUAUACUGAUCAGAUUUAAUGUUCGGAAAUCGGAGUAGCUUUGUGCAAAUAUCAGGCCACGGGAAUUUAAGAGCAACCAUUUGUGCUUUGGGUGCGUCGUAAUAAUUUAUCACACUUUUUCUGUCAGUAUAUUUGCAAUAAACAACCAAAAGACCACCAAGUGUUAAGAGAGUUAGCAGCUACAUCCUUUGGUC